AGUGACGCUCUUUCUUUUUCACGGGUUCACCACACAACCAUUCCCAACGGGUUGACGCGCAGGGAGGGAUUUUACGCGCACCGCAACGGGAAGGGAAAGACAGAGAGGACUUGCAGCAGAAGCAGCAGCGAGGUUGAGAAAGUGAGAAAGAAGAGGGAGCGGUCGUCCAACUCACAGACUCCACCCUAAACCUCAGCCAGCGAACGGAGAGAGACCCGACGCAAUAAAAAUGAGUGGUUCCCACCCCCGCCAGCACCAGUCGGCUCAGCCCGCACUCAACGCCCUCUCCCCGGACAAAGACGCAGACAUGCCCGCUACAGAGAAGGACCUCGCCGAGGACGCCCCAUGGAAGAAGAUCCAACAGAACACGUUCACCCGCUGGUGUAAUGAGCAUCUGAAAUGCGUCAACAAGCGGAUCGCCAAUCUCCAGACCGACCUGAGCGAUGGUUUGCGCCUGAUCGGACUCUUGGAGGUCCUGAGUCAGAAAAAGAUGUUUCGGAAAUACAACCAGCGGCCCACCUUCCGACAGAUGCAACUAGAGAACGUCUCGGUGGCGCUCGAGUUUCUGGACAAGGAGAACAUCAAACUCGUGUCCAUAGACUCAAAAGCCAUCGUGGAUGGUAACCUGAAGCUUAUUUUGGGGAUGGUGUGGACUCUGAUUCUCCACUACUCCAUCUCCAUGCCCAUGUGGGACGAGGAGGAGGAAGGAGGAGGCGACGGGCAGCAGAAGACACCGAAGCAGAGGCUUCUGGGUUGGAUCCAGAACAAACUGCCAGAGAUCCCCAUCAACAACUUCAGCAGGGACUGGCAGAGUGGCAGAGCUUUGGGGGCACUGGUGGACAGCUGUGCUCCAGGUCUGUGUCCUGACUGGGACCAGUGGGAUCAGACAAAACCAGUGGACAACGCCCGGGAGGCCAUGCAGCAGGCUGAUGACUGGCUGGGCAUCCCUCAGGUGAUAACCCCAGAGGAGAUUGUUGACCCCAACGUAGAUGAACAUUCCGUGAUGACAUACCUGUCCCAGUUCCCCAAGUCCAAGCUGAAGCCUGGUGCACCCCUCCGCCCAAAACUGAACCCCAAAAAGGCCCGUGCAUACGGACCAGGUAUUGAGCCAACAGGUAAUGUUGUGAUGAAGAAGGCUGUGUUUACCGUGGAGACCAUUAGUGCUGGAAUGGGAGAGGUUCUGGUGUAUGUAGAGGACCCUGCUGGACACAGAGAGGAGGCUAAGGUGACAGCCAACAACGAUAAGAAUCGUACCUACUCCGUCUACUACAUCCCCAAGGUGACGGGGGCACACAAGGUGACUGUGCUGUUUGCAGGGCUCCACAUCAAUAAGAGUCCGUUCGAAGUGGAGGUGGGCAUGGCUCAGGGAGACAGCAGCAGAGCGACGGCUCAGGGACCUGGACUGGAACCAUCCGGGAACAUCGCAAACAAGACCACCUACUUUGACGUCUACACUGCAGGGGCUGGUGUGGGAGAAGUGGAGGUGGUUAUAAUGGACCCAGCAGGGAAGAAGGACACAGUGGUGUGUCAGAUCGAGGAUAAGGGGAACAGCUCAUACCGCUGCACCUACAAACCCAGCGUGGAGGGAACUCACACCAUCUACGUCACCUUCGCUGGGGGACAAAUCAGCAAGAGCCCCUUUACUGUCAACAUAGGAGAGGCAUGCAACCCCACCCUGGUCCGGGCUAAGGGGCGGGGCCUGCAGGCUAAAGGCCUCAGAGUGAAGGAGACGGCCGACUUCAGAGUUUUCACAAAAGGAGCCGGGACCGGAGAACUCAAAGUCACCAUCAAAGGACCAAAGGGUCUUGAGGAGCCUUGCAAGAAAAAGGAUCUUGGAGAUGGUGUGUUUGGGUUUGAGUAUUACCCCAGCACCCCUGGAACCUACAGCAUCACCAUCACCUGGGGAGGACAGCACAUCCACUGCAGCCCGUUGGAGGUGAAGGUUGGUUCGGAAGCAGGGCCACAGAAAGUGCGCGCCUGGGGGCCUGGCCUUGAGAGUGGCAUUGUGGGUAAAUCUGCCGACUUUGUUGUUGAGGCUGUCGGAGACAAUGUGGGAACACUGGGAUUCUCGGUGGAGGGGCCUUCCCAGGCGAAGAUAGAGUGUGUUGAUAAGGGCGAUGGGUCAUGUGAUGUGCGGUACUGGCCAAUGGAAGUGGGGGAGUAUGCCGUGCAUGUCCUCUGCAACAGUGAAGACAUCCAGCAUUCCCCCUUCAUGGCAGAGAUCACCGCUGCACCCAACAAGGAUUUCUACCCUGAGAAGGUGAAAGCCUAUGGCCCUGGUCUGCAGAGCAGUGGUCUGGCUGUGGGCAAACCAACAGACUUCACCGUCGAUGCCAAACUAGGAGGCAAAGCCCCUCUGAAGAUCCUGGCUCAGGAUGGUGAGGGAACCCCAGUAGAUGUCCAGGUGAAAGACAAUGGGAAUGGAACAUAUGCUUGUAGCUACACUCCCAGGAAACCUUUGAAACACACGGUCAUGGCGUCCUGGGGCGGGGUCAACAUUCCGGAGAGUCCGUUCAGGAUGUCCAUUGGGGCAGGCUGCCAUCCCAAUAAGGUCAAGGUGUCUGGUCCUGGAGUGGCCAAGACUGGACUCAAGGCUUUUGAACCAACGUACUUCACAGUGGACUGUGCUGAGGCCGGACAAGGUGACAUCAGUAUUGGUAUUAAAUGUGCUCCGGGUGUUGUGGGACCAGCAGAGGCAGACAUCGACUUUGACAUCAUCAGAAACGACAACGACACAUUUACUGUUAAAUACACCCCACCUGGGGCAGGUAGCUACACCAUCAUGGUCCUGUUUGCUGACCAGGCCAUACCCAUGACCCCCAUCCGGAUCAAAGUUGACCCUUCACACGACGCCAGCAAGGUCAAGGCCGAGGGACCAGGACUCAACCGCAGUGGUGUAGAGUUGGGUCAGCCGACUCACUUCAUGGUCAACACCAAGGCAGCCGGGAAAGCCAAGCUGGAUGCUGUGUUCUCUGGUCCAUCCAAAGGAGAAGCGGUCAAGGACUUUGAGAUCAUCAAUAACCAUGACAACACACAGACUGUGAAGUAUACUCCAGUCCAGCAGGGGCCCCUGGGAGUAGCUGUCACCUACGGAGGAGAUCCUAUUCCCAAGAGCCCCUUCACCAUCCCUGUGGCGCCCAGCCUUGACCUCAGCAAGAUUCAGGUGGAGGGACUUGGAGACAAAAUCACUGUGGGUAAGGACCAGGAAGUGACAGUGAAGUCCAAAGGAGCUGGAGGUCAAGGGAAGGUGGGAGCCAAGGUGACUGGGCCCUCUGGGAAACCUGUCACCAGCAAGGUGGAGCCCGGACUUAAACCAGAGACCAGUCAGGUCAAGUUUAUUCCUCGGGAGACAGGGCCAUAUCAGGUGGAACUGACCUAUGAUGGAGCUCCAAUCCCUGGGUCCCCCUUCAAACCUACCGCAUACCCCUCCACCGACGCCACCAAGGUGAAGUGUUCUGGGCCAGGGCUGGAGCGCGCCAAGGUGGGGGAGACUGGGGAGUUCGUGGUGGACUGUACCAGCGCCGGCCCGGCGGAACUCACCAUUGAGAUCAUCAGUGACAGCGGGACCGAGGCGGAGGUCCACAUUCAGGACAAUGGGGACGGAACCUACACCAUCACCUACAUCCCCCUGUACCCAGGCAGCUACACCCUCACCAUCCGCUAUGGCGGUCAGGAUGUACCCAACUACCCCGCUCGCCUCACUGUGGAGCCUGCUGUCGAUGCCAGCGGUGUCCGUGUCUUUGGACCGGGGGUGGAGGGCAAAGGCGUGUUCCGUGAGGCAACCACAGACUUCACAGUUGAUGCACGGGCCUUGACCCAGACUGGGGGUAACCACAUCAAGACCGUGAUCCAGAACCCAUCUGGAGCAGUUACUGAGGCUGUCAUCACAGACCGUAGAGAUGGAACCUACAACGUAGAAUACACUCCUUAUGAAGAGGGGCCUCACAGUGUGGAAGUGGCGUAUGAUCAGUCCCCGGUCCCCAAAAGUCCGUUCCGGGUGGCCGUGACAGAGGGGUGUGACCCAGCACGCGUGCGUGUUCACGGACCCGGUCUGGAGAGAGGCAUCACCAACAAGGCCAACAAGUUCACUGUUGAGACCCGUGGUGCCGGUACUGGAGGUUUGGGUCUGGCUGUGGAAGGGCCGUCUGAGGCCAAGAUGUCCUGCACCGACAACAAAGAUGGAAGCUGCAGUGUGGAAUACGUCCCCUAUGAAGCUGGGACAUACAACCUCAAUAUUACCUAUGGAGGACAGCCCAUCGCUGGAAGUCCAUUCCAGGUGCCUGUCAGUGACACAGUGGAUAGUUCAAAGGUGAAGUGCCAGGGGGCGGGACUUGGAACCAACGUGCGAGCCAACAUUCCACAGGCUUUCACAGUGGAUGCAUCUAAAGCUGGAGUCGCCCCUCUGCAAGUUAGAGUUCAAGGACCCAAAGGUGUGGUGGAGCCAGCUGAGGUGGUGGAUAACGGUGAUCAGACUCACACAGUGAACUACAUCCCGACCAGAGAGGGCCCUUACUCCAUCAACGUCCUGUAUGCUGACGAGGAGAUCCCACGCAGUCCUUACAAGGUCAAGGUUCUGCCGACCCAUGACGCCAGUAAGGUGCGGGCCAGUGGGCCGGGUCUCAACACUACCGGAGUCCCGGCAUCGUUGCCGGUUGAGUUCACCAUCGACGCCAAGGAUGCUGGUGAGGGCCUGCUGGCCGUGCAGAUCACUGAUCCCGAGGGGAAGCCUAAGAAGGCCAGUAUCCGUGACAACCAGGAUGGGACCUACCUGGUGUCCUAUGUGCCAGACAUGACUGGGCGUUACACCAUCCUGAUCAAGUAUGGAGGGGAUGAGAUCCCGUACUCGCCCUAUCGCAUCAGGGCCCUGCCCACUGGAGACGCCAGCAAGUGUACAGUCACAGUGUCAAUCGGCGGGCACGGCCUGGGAGCUGGUGUGGGUCCCACCAUCCAGAUUGGAGAACAGACUGUUAUCACUGUUGACGCAAAGGCUGCUGGGAAAGGAAAGGUGACGUGCAGUGUGUGUACGCCAGAAGGGGUGGAGGUGGAUGUAGAUGUGGUGGAGAAUCCUGAUGGGACCUUUGACAUCUUCUACACCGCCCCUCAACCUGGGGACUACUGCAUCUGUGUCCGCUUUGGAGGGGAGCACAUCCCCAACAGCCCCUUCCAGGUUACGGCAUUGGAAGGAACCCCCUCUGAUCAACUCCUCCAACAGCAACACAAACCCCAGUACUACAGUCAACAACCCUGGGCAACAGACCGCCCAAUGGGAAUGAAUGGUUUGGACGUGGCUGGACUUAGGCCAUUUGACCUGGUGAUCCCCUUCACCAUCCAGAAAGGAGAAAUUACAGGUGAUGUCCACAUGCCAUCUGGUAAGAGCGCCAAGCCCGCCAUCACUGACAACAAAGAUGGCACAGUAACGGUCAAAUAUGCGCCAACUGAAGCCGGCUUGCACGAGAUGGACAUUAAAUAUGACGGGAUACACAUUCCUGGCAGCCCCCUCCAGUUCUAUGUGGACUACCUGAACAGUGGGAAUGUGAGUGCGUACGGACCGGGUCUGAUCCAUGGAACCGUCAACAAACCUGCCGUUUUCACGGUCAACACAAAGGAUGCAGGAGAGGGUGGUUUGUCACUGGCGAUUGAGGGCCCGUCUAAAGCCGACAUUAGCUGUGUUGACAAUCAAGACGGUACCUGCUCUGUGUCCUACUUGCCGGUUCUACCUGGAGACUACAGCAUCCUGGUCAAAUACAACGACAAGCACAUCCCUGGGAGUCCCUUCUCUGCACACAUCACGGGUGACGACUCCAUGAGGAUGUCUCAUCUGAAAGUUGGCUCUGCUGCUGACAUCCCAUUGGACAUCGGAGAGCUAGAUCUGAGUCAGCUGACCGCCUCUCUGACCACGCCCUCAGGCAGAGAGGAACCCUGUCACCUUAAGAUGCUGCGUAACGGACACGUCGGCAUCUCAUUUGUUCCCAAGGAGACUGGAGAGCAUCUGGUGAACAUAAAGAAGAACGGACGCCAUAUUCCAAGCAGCCCCAUUGCCGUGAUGAUCAGCCAAUCGGAGAUUGGCGAUGCUAGCCGGGUCCGUGUCACUGGCCCGGGCCUCAGUGAGGCCAAAACCUUUGAACCUGCGGAGUUCAUCAUUGACACGCGUGAAGCAGGCUACGGGGGUCUGAGUCUGUCCAUUGAGGGACCCAGUAAAGUUGACAUCAACACGGAGGACCAGGAUGACGGCACCUGCAAAGUGACCUACUGCCCCACUGAACCAGGAAAUUACAUCAUCAACAUCAAGUUUGCUGAUCAGCAUGUACCAGGGAGCGCGUUCACCGUCAAGGUGACAGGAGAAGGUCGGAUUAAGGAGAGCAUCACCAGGAAGAAGAGGGCCGCGUCCGUUGCUAAUGUGGGCAGCCAGUGUGACCUCAGUCUCAAGAUCCCAGAAAUCAGCAUAGCAGACAUGACGGCCCAGGUCACCAGUCCAUCUGGCCACGUCCACAAGGCCCACAUCAUGGAGGGAGAGAACAACACCUACUGCAUUCGCUUCGUUCCCACGGAGACUGGCGUGCACACUGUGUGUGUGAAGUACGCGGGCGUGCAUGUGCCUGGCAGCCCCUUCCAGUUCACGGUGGGACCCCUCGGGGAGGGAGGGGCGCACAAGGUCCGUGCCGGAGGUCCUGGGCUGGAGAGAGCCGAAGCUGGAUUACCAGCUGAGUUUAGUAUCUGGACUCGGGAGGCUGGAGCGGGGGGGCUCAGCAUCGCUGUAGAGGGGCCCAGUAAAGCAGAGAUCGCCUUUGAGGACCGUAAGGAUGGAUCCAGCGGAGUGUCUUACAUCGUCCAGGAGCCAGGAGACUAUGAGGUGUCUAUUCGCUUCAACGACGAGCACAUCCCUGACAGCCCCUUCGUGGUUCCUGUGGCGUCACCCUCUGAUGAGGCCAAACGCCUCACUGUUGCCAGUCUUCAGGAGUCGGGGUUGAAGGUCAACCACCCAGCAUCCUUUGCUGUGAGCCUUAAUGGAGCGAAGGGACAGAUUGAUGCUAAAGUCCACUCUCCUUCUGGAGCCCUGGAGGACUGCUGUGUUACAGAACUAGACCAAGAUAAGUAUGCUGUACGGUUCAUUCCCAGAGAAAACGGUCUCUAUCUGAUUGAUGUGAAGUUCAAUGGUAGUCACAUCCCUGGCAGCCCCUUCAAAAUCAGAGUUGGGGAGACUGGCCAGGCAGGGGACCCCGGGAUGGUGACGGCCUAUGGAUCCGGACUGGAGGGAGGCACCACCGGGACGGCCUGCGAGUUUGUGGUCAACACCAGUACAGCAGGUCCAGGGGCUCUGGCGGUGACCAUCGACGGCCCAUCCAAGGUGAAGAUGGACUGUGUGGAGUGUCCGGAGGGGUACAAGGUGACCUACACCCCCAUGGCUCCUGGGAACUAUCUCAUCUCCAUCAGAUAUGGGGGACCCUACCACAUCGUCGGUUCCCCAUUCAAGGCUAAGAUCACUGGCUCCAAGCUGGUCAGCAGCCACAGCAACCAUGAGACAUCUAGCGUCAUGGUUGACCCGGUGACUCGCCAGGUCAGCUCCUCCCACCAGGGAGCUCCAAGCCAAUCAGACGCCAGCCGUGUGACAGCCAAGGGUCUCGGCCUAUCAAAGGGUUUCAUUGGCCAGAAGAACAAUUUCAGCGUUGACUGCAGCAAAGCAGGUCGUAACAUGUUGUUGGUGGGUGUGGACGGGCCCAGGGUUCCCUGUGAGGAGGUUCUGGUGAGACAUCUUGGGAACCGUGUCUAUAAUGUCUCCUACCAGCUGAAGGAGAAGGGAGAGUACAUUCUGGUGGUGAAGUGGGGAGACCAGCACAUUCCUGGCAGCCCUUACCACAUCACUGUCUAGACCAAUCACAAUCUAAUACAAUACUGUGUAGACCAAUGGGAAAUCAGAACCCUCCAAACUAGCCCAGUGGUUUCUAGACCAAUCUGAGUUUAUACAUCAUAUCCUGAACAAUAAUGCAUAAACACUGAAUAUUCCUUCAUCCCUCUCUUUGCCCCAUCUUAACAACCCCUCCCCCAUCAUAAUCAUUAGUCAUAGAGAGGGGAAACAUGCACCUUUGUAUUACUGUAAACUAGCUUAGCAAAAUGUCCCUUCUUCCCCACGCAGUGUUUAUCUGCUGGCUAGCUUAGCAUAGUAUAGUAUUGGUUUACAGGUUAGCCUAGCGUAGUGUUGUUAUAGAGGUUAGCAUAGUAUAUUGUUUUAGAGAUUAGCCUAAUGCUAGUCCCAUGUGUGUUCAAAAUGCUAACUCUUAACACGUUUGUUUUCGCUGCUGCUAGUUUGGUCUGGUGUUAGCUUGUUUUAACCAUAACAGUCAUGCAAGUGAGUUGUCUAGUCCCCCCAACACAAACACACCCUGCUUACUAGCUUCUUACUCAGUAUUCCAGAACAAAGAACCUUGUCUGUUUACGGGCUUUAAAGGGUGUGAGACAGUAUUUUGAUAAACAAUAAAGAUGUCUUUAAGUAUUUUCCUUCAA